UUCUUGUUGUAACAAUGAUCUUUUAUGUGUAUUUUGUUGCUCACUCUCUAAUAUGAACUUGGUUUUUUUUUUCAGAGCCCAAGUUGUUGUAAAGGAGAUUGAAAAGUUAUUUUUUUCAGAAAACCACAUGUUAGAAUAUUUCAUUACAUUUAUAUGACACCUCUUGUCUUCUAACUCUCUGAAUCUUUGACGAAUUAGAGAUAUGGUGCAAGGCAGUGCAAGUGUGGAUCGGAGGACCUUGCUCUGUCCAUGACAUCAACUCUUGCUCUCUCUCGGAACAACCUGCCAAAGAAAACUUACAAGGAUCCCGACGGUGGAAGGCAACGGUUCUUACUGGAACUUGAAUUCAUUCAAUGUCUUGCCAAUCCUACUUACAUCCACUACCUGGCACAGAAUCGGUAUUUUGAAGAUGAAGCAUUUAUUGAAUACUUGAACUAUCAUCAAUAUUGGCAGCGACCAGAGUACAUCAAGUUCAUAAAGUGAACUAGUAGCUGUUCAUUGGACUGUUUCAAGAAACGCUAAGUGAGCAGCUAAAAGAGAGCCUUUGCUACAAGUAAGAAAGGCUUGGAUGGGUUACAUGUACAUGUCAAAUAGUGUUUCAAUUCUUUUUAGUGUUAGUUUUAUUUUAUUUAA